AUGGCUAUGAACGCUAGGUCGACCUCUCGGGCGCUGAGAGCAUUGCGCCCCAUUGCUGCUCGCCCAGCUGUCAUUCCGGCCUGCCGAAACUAUGCUACAUCCUCCGAACCAGACCUCAAGACCACCUUUAGGGAGUCAAUUCCCGCAAAGCGUGAACUCUUGAAGAAGGUCAAGGCUUUGGGCGAUAAAGUUAUUGGAGAAGUCAAGGUUGAGAACACAAUUGGUGGCAUGAGAGGAUUGAAGGCUAUGGUAUGGGAAGGUUCAGUUCUUGAUGCCAAUGAGGGAAUUCGCUUCCAUGGGCGCACCAUCAAGGACUGCCAAAAGGAGCUUCCCAAGGGCACAACUGGCACAGAAAUGCUCCCAGAAGCUAUGUUCUGGCUUCUCCUGACAGGCCAAGUCCCUUCUACAAACCAAGUCAGGAAGUUCUCUCGUGAACUUGCAGAGCAAUCAGCGCUGCCAGAUUAUGUGAACAGCAUGCUUGAUAACUUCCCCAAAGAUCUUCACCCAAUGACACAGUUCGCAAUUGCAGUUUCUGCUCUGUCACACACCUCGAAAUUUGCCAAGGCAUACGAGAAGGGUAUCAACAAGGCGGAUUACUGGGAGCCAACCUUCGAUGAUAGCAUUUCUCUCCUUGCUAAGCUUCCAACAAUUGCUGCCAAAAUCUACCAAAACUCAUAUCGAGGCGGUGGAGCUCUACCCGCAAAGGUGGACUUAGACCAGGAUUGGUCGUACAACUUUGCUGCCAUGCUUGGCAAGGGCGGAAAGGCCAACGAGAACUUCCAGGAUCUGUUGAGACUAUACUUAGCUCUUCACGGUGACCAUGAAGGUGGCAAUGUUUCAGCACAUGCAACCCAUUUAGUUGGUAGUGCAUUGAGCGAUCCGUUCCUGAGUUACAGUGCCGGUCUUCAAGGACUUGCCGGGCCACUUCAUGGUCUUGCUGCCCAAGAAGUUCUCCGAUGGAUCCUACAAAUGCAAGAGCAUGUUGGAACCAAGUUUACCGACAAGGACGUCUCUGAUUAUCUCUGGGCAACCCUCAAGUCCGGACGAGUGGUUCCCGGAUAUGGCCACGCAGUCCUCCGCAAGCCCGAUCCUCGCUUCGAAGCGCUGAUGGAUUACGCCUCCUCCCGCCCUGAGAUAGCCAAUGAUCCAGUCUUCCAGCUUGUCAAGAAGAACUCUGAGGUCGCUCCAGAUGUGCUCAAGGAGCAUGGCAAGACCAAGAACCCAUAUCCAAACGUCGAUUCAAGCUCUGGCGUUCUCUUCCAUCAUUAUGGAUUCCACGAGACCCUGUACUACACCGCGACUUUCGGUGUCAGCAGAGGUUUGGGGCCGUUGGCUCAGUUGAUCUGGGAUCGCGCAUUGGGUCUCCCAAUUGAGCGACCGAAGAGCAUCAAUUUACAGGGAUUGCUUGAGCUUGCUGGAAGCUCGUAG